AUGGCACGCAUGCUCCAAGUGGAAGACUGUAUAGGUGUUUUUGAAGCAGCGCAGAAACAUGUGAUUCUUGAAAUCCAGCAGGAAGCUUACAUUGGUGAAAUUCAGUGUCUUCAACCUGGUAAGUGUUUAGCAAAGUCCAGCUCGAUAUCCACGCUAUCACCGUUUGUCGUCACGGAUGGUCUUUUGCGUGUAGGAGGCCGAAUUAAACACUCUAGUUUGACAGAUGCAGAGAAACAUCCUAUCCUUGUUCCUGGGCGUCACCACAUUGCUCUACUCAUUGUCCGUCACCAUCAUGAGCAGAUGCAACAUCAGGGUCGACACAUUACUGAAGGGUCCGUACGUUCAGCAGGUUUAUGGAUCACAGGAGCUAAGUCAUUUGUGUCUUCAAUGAUAUACAAUUGUGUUAAGUGUCGAAAGAUAAAAGGCGAUCUGGGAAGUAAAAGGUGA